AGGACACAGAUUGGUUCAGGGUUUCCCCAAAGCCACCCAGUCGCUUCGCCACCGAAACACUCCUCCCUUUACCUCACCAUUCAGUACUCCGGAGCCGGUGUGUCCACCAUGGAGAACGUGACGGUAUUUGAUUCACCUGGAAAGGGGCGGGGUUUGAAAGCCAACAAGGAGUUUUGGGCUGGAGAUGUCAUUUUUUCGGAGGCCAGUCUUUCAGCUGUUGUAUUUGACAGUCUCUCAGAGCGAAUUUGCCACAGUUGUUUCCGGAGACAAGACAAGCUCCAGAGGUGUGGUCAGUGUAAAUUUGCCCAUUACUGUGACCGAACCUGCCAGCGGGCCGGCUGGGCUGAGCACAAGCAGGAGUGUGGCGCCAUCAAGGCCUAUGGCAAAGUACCAAACGAGAACAUCCGCCUGGUGGCUCGCAUCAUGUGGCGCCUCGAUAAGGAGGGCGGCGUGGUCUCCGACAUGCAGCUGACCACCCUGGAGGAGCUGGAGGACCACAUUGCUGACAUGCAGGAAGACGAGCUGAAAGAGUUCAAAGUGGACAUCCACAACUUCUUGGACUACUGGCCUCGUAACAGCAAGCAGCACACAAUCGAUGACAUCUCACACAUAUUUGGAGUGAUCAACUGCAACGGCUUCUCCGUGAGCGACCAGAGGGGCCUGCAGGCUGUAGGAGUUGGUCUUUUCCCAAACUUGUGCCUGGUGAACCACGACUGCUGGCCAAACUGCACUGUGAUCCUCAACCACGGAAAUCAAUCGGCUGUGAAUACUAUGUAUCAUUCUCAACGGAGGAUUGAGCUGCGAUCUCUGGGUAAAAUUGCAGAGGGAGAAGAGCUAACAGUCGCUUACGUGGACUACUUGAAUCUGUCGGAGGAGCGACGGAGGCUGCUGAAAAUGCAGUAUUUCUUCGACUGCACAUGUGAGCACUGCAAGAACGGAACCAAAGACGACCUGAAGAUGGCGGGAAGGGAGGUGGAAGGCGUUAAGCCUCCAGAGGAACAGGUUAAAGAAGCAACAGACUACUGCUUUCAAAUGAUGGAAAAGUUGGAAACUUCUAGAUUGGCUGGUGAUUACCAUGAGGUGGUAAAAAUCUGCAGGGAGUGCAUCAAGAAAACAGAGCCGAUUUUGGCAGACACUCACAUCUACCUGCUGAGGAUCUGGAGCACGAUGAGCGAAGUGCAGUCGUACCUGCAGUACUUUGAAGAAGCUGCAGAAUACGCCCGCAAAAUGGUGGACGGAUAUACGAAGCUGUACAACCCAAACAACGCUGCACUUGGGAUGGCAGCCAUGCGAGCAGGAGUGACCCACUGGCAAGCAGGACUGAUAGAAGUUGGACAUGGGAUGAUCUGCAAGGCUUUCGCCAUCCUCAUGAUCACCCAUGGUCCAACACAUCCCAUCACCAAGGACCUGGAGGCGAUGCGUAUGCAGACAGAAAUGGAGCUGAGGAUGUUCAAACAGAACGAAUACGUUUACCACAGUAUGAGGGAGGCAGCUCUGAAGAACAAACCCAUGACCAUGAUGCACGAACCCAAGUCUGUCGAGGAGGGCAUCAAGAACCUUUUCCACAGGAGGAAGUGAUCAGACUGCAGGAAAUAAAGCCACCCUAUGUUUACUUUGAAUUGCACCGAGUGUUUGAGUCUACACAUAUCAUUGAAAUACGUCUUGCCAAGUUCCACGUUUGAAACAUAUGAACUCAGUGUAAAGCAGUGGACCAGUUCCAGCCAUCCUACUAAUGUGUUCUUCAAACUGUCUGAACCCUCAAGGCAAAGAGGAAAGCUCAGCUUAAUCAAGCCCCUUACUGCACAUAGCUUAAGGUUCAGACUAAACGUCAACACUAUUCACUUUUUGCACGUCACCGCCUCCAUCCAUUAAUGUGCUGCAUUUUUAAAACCGGCUGCUGUGAAGCAGUGCAGAAUUAUGCAUUAAAACCCAGGAGACACUUGUAUUCAUGCAGUUAAUCUUUAUUUUAGUGCAGGCAUUAGUUGAUGCGUUUGCUUGUCCUCUUGUAAACAAUGCCACCAACA